UCGUAGUCUCCAGGACCAGCAUAGCAAUGGCACGAACGCAUUGUGCUCUUAGUAACAGGGUUCCUGUGUUAGCUGUUCUUUCUUCAUUUUCACCAUUCAAGUGAUUAAGUUGUCUUUAAUGCUCGGUAUAAUCAAACGUCGAGGUCUUCCUUUCCUUUGCCCUCCUAAAGAACGUAUUUAUCUGCAACAAUUCAUGAGAGCGAAGCGCUGUAGCUGUUGCAAACGUCUAUACUUGUUUCAUACAUGUAUAACAGCGUUCUCAGUGAUUAAACUGCGGCGAGUGACGGAGUUCGAAAAUGCCUGGGACGCAGAAAUCUCUUCUUUUCGAGGGGAAGGUGGUCUUUUUGCUUUUCCUUCCCAUCGCCGAGGUCUUAGGAAACUGUGGUCAGCCUCCGAUGUAUCCCACUGCACAGCCCCUGGAAGAGUACAUGAGAAGAAAGGAUUACUCCUCCGGGGCCAAAGUCACGUACAAAUGUAUAAUAGGCUAUAGACGACUGAUGGGGUCUUCAUCUAUCCAGUGUGUUGAUGGGCAAUGGACGCCACUCAAAAUGAUGUGUGAACGCAAAUCGUGCGGCUCUGCAGGAGAAAUCUUGAAUGGGCGCUUUAAAUAUGAGGAUGUCCUGUUUGGGCACAAGGCUUUAGCCGAGUGUAAUAUUGGGUACCAUCUUGUUGGAAGAAACUACAGGCAGUGUCUAGACUCCGGCUGGGAUGGGGAUAUUCCACAUUGUGAAAUUGUGAAAUGUCCCGACCCUCCAGAGGUGACUGAUGCUGAAGUGGCAGGCCUGACACAGGGGCCCUUUGACUUCAACAGUGUGAUCAGCUACAGGUGUCUGAGAGGGCAGCUCAUUGGGGACAGGGAGAUUUUCUGCACUGAGAAUGGGACCUGGAGCAGCCCGCCUCCAGAGUGUAAAGAGAUUGUGUGUGCAAACCCCCAUGUGACCAAUGGCAGAAAGACUCACGGAUAUGGCAGAACAUAUAAAUACAAAGACAUUGUUUCUAUUGCUUGCAAUCCUGGGUAUCAUCUGAAUGGAACAGGUCAGAUUCUUUGUGGAGAGCAUGGCCACUGGCUACCUUAUGUUCCACAGUGUUUGUACAGGAGAGCUAUGACCUGUUCACAACCUUCUGUGGCUAAUGGCAGAAUGACCAGUCAACACAGACCCCUGUAUAAAUAUAAUGACAAGGUUACUUUUGCAUGCGACGCUGGAUUUCGUUUGAAUGGGACUGGUAAAAUCACCUGCAGAGAGUUCAACCAUUGGGCGCCUCGCAUUCCUCAGUGUGUACCUCUCAAAGGUGCAACAUUUUCCGAAAUAGUGUGUGGCCCUCCUGGAAAGAUAAAAAAUGGGCGAUUUGUGACAAACAAAACACAUCUUGGGUCUGUAGCUACUGCUGUGUGUAACAAGGGGUAUCGCCUGGUGGGUCAAGGCCAGAGAAAGUGCUUGAAUACUAGCUGGGAUGGUGAUAUUCCUCAAUGUGAAAUAACUACCUGCAUUUCUCCAAAUGUGACAAAUGGCUUCCAGAAAGGGAAGCUCAGAGACACUUAUAAAUACAGAAAGUCGCUGUCUUUUGCUUGCCAUGAGGGGUUUCUGCUGAAUGGACCCAGCAGUGUAACUUGUGAUGAGAAUGGCGAAUGGUCCCCAUCCAUUCCGACAUGUUCUGCACUCAAUGGAAAAUGCAGUAUUCCCCCACACCAGAACAAUGCACAUCCCCGAGUCGACUUCCAGACACAGAAGGAAUAUGCUUCUGGUGCUGAAGUCAUGUACACGUGUGCACUGGGGUACAGGAGAAUGGGAGGCUCCUCAUCUGUCCAGUGCAUUAAUGGAGAGUGGACGCAACUGAAACUGAAGUGUGAACCGAAGUCCUGUGGCUCUGCUGGAGAGAUUAGGAAUGGGCGUUUCAUGUAUGAUGGGGUCCAUUUUGGUUCUCGGGCAACCGCUGUGUGUGAUGAGGGGUACCAGUUGGUGGGCAGGGGAUACAGAGAUUGUCUUGCCUCAGGUUGGAGUGGUGACAUUCCACAUUGUGAAACUGUGAGAUGUCCCGACCCUCCAGAGGUGACCGAUGGUGAAGUGGCAGGCCUGGAGGAAGGGCCCUUUGACUUCAACAGUGUGAUCAGCUACAGGUGUCUGAGAGGGCAGCUCAUUGGGGACAAGGAGAUUUUCUGUACUCAGAACGGCACCUGGAGCAGGCCACUCCCACAGUGUAAAGAGGUUUAUUGCAUGAAUCCUGUUGUGACCAACGGAAGACAGAUAAGAGGUCGUAGAUCAACAUAUAAAUACAGAGAAACAGUGGCUUUUGAGUGUGAUUUGGGGUACAAGCUGAAUGGACCCAGCAUGGCAAUGUGUGAAGCAGAUGGCAAGUGGUCUCAUCUCCCAGCAUGUGUUAAAGUUCAAUGUUCUUCCCCUCUAGUACAUGCUGGUAAAAUAAUUCAGGGUUCCAGUGGCCAAUACAUAUAUGGACACUCCGUAACCAUCGAAUGUGAUUAUAGAUACCAGCUAAACGGUCACAGCAAGAUUACCUGUGAUAAAGAUGGCCAAUGGAAACCCUCCGUUCCCACAUGUGAAAGUUCAAAAGCUGAAUGUCCUUAUCCAUCCGUGGAUUUAGCUGGAAUACAGGAUGGGUACAAAUCGCGGUUUACAACUGGAGACACUGUAACCCUAAGCUGUGGCUAUGGAUACAGGCUGAAUGGUCCAAGCAGCAUUUGGUGUGAUCGAAACGGCCAGUGGUACCCUUAUCUUCCCAAGUGUGAAUAUCUGUAUUAACAAAAUUGCAAGAUUAUCAAUGGAAACUCAACGAUAUGGAACAGCACAACUUUUCUCCUCACUGGAUUAUAAGCCAUGGGACUGCGUGGAAUGAAUUUAUACCUGCACUCUGUAUACAAAAUCAACAACGUUAAAAUAUUUAAUCGAAUGUUUAUUAAGAAUGACAUAUUGUGUCAUACUUGUUUUCACAACCGAUUUGGUCAGAAAUAACGUUUGUAUUUUUAUAAUUCAGGUAACACAGAAGCCUUUAAAAGACUCUUGAGCACCUUACCAUUAUACCAUGACCUUAAAUAUUAACACUAACCCUUGUUAACGGCCCCUUUCUUUAUCCUGUGUGAUUUGUUUACUUUAACACAUUUAAGAGUCUUUAAUGAUUAAGAAAUAUACAUAGAAAAAUAUCCAAAGAAGAGUUUGCAUACUACAUAUCAGAGGUACAGUAUAUGUAAACACACACUCUUUGGUUCCUGUGUGUGAGAGGCAACCCUUCUGCCUUUUUUAGAAGUCAGAAUGUAAUCAAACAGCAGUCAGUGCUUCUGCAUCACCGGUCUUGGGUCCUGGGUUCCAUUCUAGCUCUAGAUAAUCGGACUGCAUGUUCCCCCCAUUUUCUCCUGGUGCACUGGAUCCCUCCCUCAGUUCAAAGACCCUCUGCCCAGACUAAUUGGGGUUUCUAACUGACUGCAUGGAUGGGGAAUGACUGUGUGCCCUGUCAAGACCUGGUCCAGUGUGAUUACCUAAACCAGGUUCUGAAAUGGGUUGGUGGAAACUUCAACCUAGAAAAUUGACUACUGUGUUGUUUCGACAUGCUUGGUUGUGGGUAGGUGGUAAUAUGCUUAAUGCACUGCCUUCGUGCUAGUUUAAGCAACACGUGUGCCCCACACCAGUUUCAGACAUUUUUAGGCCUCUUAGGCAUUAAGAACAGUUUUUACUUAUACAAAAAUAUAAUUCCAGAACACAAUUAAAGUAAACAAAUGGCCCAGGAUAUUAAUACAAAUAAGGAAUCGGAUUCUUAAUGUUUAGAUAUUUACAAGACAGUUUAUUCCUUUAAAAGAAGGUCCUUUAAAAGAAAGAAAUAAUGAUAAUCUGGGAAAACUGAAUUCCAUAAUGUGAAAUUCCUUUCUUUCCUUGUCUUUCAAAUUAUUAAUAAUAUAUUUUUGAUGAUAUGAAAACUUUAUUUUUCUGCAAAAGCUUGAUUAAUAUUCAAGUCAGAAGCUACUGUAUAUUACUAAAAAACCAUCACAGCAUUAGUUAAUAAAUGGAAUAAAAAAUG